CUCUGCAGCGGGCGCGCGCUGCCCGGGAGCCUGCCGCCGCCAUGCCGGACAGCUGGGACAAGGACGUGUACCCUGAGCCGCCGCGCCGCACGCCGGCGCCCUCGCCGCAGACCUCCCUGCCCAACCCCAUCACCUACUUGACGAAGGCCUUCGACCUCCUCGUGGACCGGCCGGUGACCCUCGUGCGAGAGUUCAUAGAGCAGCAGCACGCCAAGAACCGCUACUACUACUACCACCGGCAGUACCGCCGUGUGCCCGACAUCACCGAGUGCAAAGAGGGCGACAUCCUGUGCAUCUUCGAGGCCGAGAUGCAGUGGAGGAGGGACUACAAAGUGGACCAGGAGAUCGUGAACAUCGUCCAGGAGCGGCUCAAGGCCUGCCAGCAGCGGGAGGGGGAGAGCUACAAGCAGAACUGCGCCAAGGAGCUGGAGCAGUUCACCCAGGUGGCCAAGGCCUACCAGGACCGCUACCACGACCUGGGGGCCCAUUACUCUGCGAGGAAGUGCCUGGCCAAGCAGAAGCAGAGGAUGCUGGAGGAGAGGAGAGCCGCCAAGGAAACAGCGGCAGCCUGAGGCCGCCCUCGCGCCCGCCCACGAGUCAAAUAAACGGACAGGAGCCCCGA